AUGAACGGUGCACAAGCCGCUACGAGGCAGGCCAGGCCGCCUCCGACGGGUCCGACUCCUCCGGCCCCUUCUGCCGCGCCGCCAGCUCCGCCAAAUAAUGCGAAUGCACAGGCCAGUUCUGGGCAGUCCCCACCCGCAAAUCGUCAGCCAAACGGGCCCGUGAACGGGGCGCACUCGCAUGCACAGAAGGGCAAGAAGAAGAACGAUCCUCCGGUGGACCCGUCACAGCUGUACGAGAGCCUCAAGAGCCGGAUCGCCACUCUGGAGGAGGAGGAGAUUCACAACGAGGAGGAAGAACGGAGAAUCGCGGAAGAGGCACAGAGCACCGUCGCGGGCCUCGGGGACAGCGCCGUGCAUCAGAAAUACGUCGAACUUUUCACAGAGCUAAAGCGACAAGAGCGUGACCACGCCAAAGAGAAGCAGAAGUUGGUCAAGGACAAGGAUGCCGCCAAGAGUCAACUGACAAAGGCGAAUCAGACCAAGACGAAGAUGGAGAGCCUAGCUCGAGAGCUGCAGAAGGAUAACAAGAAGCUACGAGAGGACAGCAAGCGACUGAUGCAGUCGGUGGAGGAGGCUAACACUCAGCUAACCCAGAUGAAGCUCGAAGUCGCGAAACGGACGGAGAAGCUCAAGCUGCAGGACGUCAAGUACCGCGAGAUGCCCGACAUCGUCGUGAAGGUGCACUGCAAGUACCGCGCCGAGCUCUUCUUCAAGAUCUCGCGCAAGACGAAGCUCUCGCGGCUCUUCAACGCGUGGACGGAGCGCAUGGAGGUCAACGAGAAGAAGGGCGACGCCAAGUCGCAGCCUUCUGGCACGUCCGCGGCGGCUGGCCAGCAGGUCAACGGCACCUCGGGCUCGUCGACCCUCUCGGCGGGUGCGAUGCAGUUCAUAUUUUCCCAUGGCGGGCGCACGCUCGAGGUGGAUCAGACGCCGGAGGAGGCAGGCAUGGAGGACGGAGACGAGAUCUUAGCCGUAGAGAUGAUGGAUCUGACAGAAGGGCCCGGCACGGAAGAGAUCGACGAGGGAGGCGAGCCACGCAGACAGCUGCUGAAGAAGCACUGGCAGGAAGACCCCGGAGAAGCUCGCAAAGUGAUGGAAGACAUCUUUGACGGAGUUGUUCGAGAACGCCUAAAGGACAUACUCCGACAAUACGAACUACGAGAACGACAUUUCGAGUGUGUCACACGCUCGAAGGAGCUCGAGGUGCUUCUAUCGCGAGCGCGAGCAGCAGAGCAAAUGCAGCUUGCGGAGGGCGAGAAGGGUCGAGCAGACAAAGCGGAUGCUGAGGUCCAACACUAUCGACAAGAGCUGGAGACAGUGCAAAAGGGCCAGAGCGCGCUGAUCGACAAGCUCAUAGCGUGCUGCAAAGAGCCAAACGCCGAACGGACACAGCGGCUGUUUGCGUCCUUGCGGGAAGAGCUCGAGCGGCGUGGGACAAUGCCCGUAGGGAACCCAGACGGACUUGUAGGCGGGUGA